CUAUCGUCAACAAAACAAACGUUUUUGUGUGAUAAAAUGAUAGAUAGUGGAAUGUCUUAAAAGAGGGCCAACCAGCCCUUUGGUUACUAUUAUACUAAUAGAUAAAACUACACGCAAUGAGUAAGCACAUAUAUUCCGAGAUUCUGAGUGAAGAAGAUCCCCUAUUGUCCGACAACGAGUUCCUCGAGGAUGCAUUAGCGGAGUUGCAAAACAAACUCGACAAAAUCCUAGACAAUCAAAAUGAGAUCCUGACACUGAUAUGCCAGGUCAAUGGCAAGACACCCACCGCUGAAUUAUACAACAUCGAAGUGGACUAUUUUCCGGUCACUGAUCCCGAAGAGCUGCCCAAUCUGGACGCCAAUCUUUCCAAGCCGGGCAACAAAUAUGCUAACAUUAUGCAUGGAAUUUUAAGACCACAAGGUCGAAAAGAACCUCUGAAGAACAAUUUCUCAAAGGUGUUCGAGUGCGAUGUUCUCAUGGCCUACAAUUACGAUGGUGUGAGCUCCAAACAAUCCUUUAAACAGUACAAACACAUUAACAAAACUAUUUUUGGGAUUCUAAAAAGAGAUGGAUAUACCGAAACGGAGUACAUUGCCGAUAUCAGAGCUGCCUUUCAUGUGUUAAAGGUCCGCUAUCAUAAAAGAAACCAUGAUUUAAGGAGGAAGAUUAAACGUUCUCAAAAAUGCGAACCUGAAUCCGAUUGGGAAUAGCUGAUAAUAUUGUAACAAUUUGGAUGUAUUUUGUUUGCGAAGCUUAAAAGGAAUACAAAGCCAAACCAGUUUUUGGUUCUGUUCUUUCCACUGUAAUGAGGUUAUUUUGGGCUGCGUACCGCCUCAAAACGCCAGACUUUCAAACCGUAACGUUCUGGUCGAACUCCCUUGAAAAAAUAUGGAUUAAAGUUUUCACCGCUCAAUAAGGCUAAAUUACAUUACUUAGAUAUAGUAUUGUAAAUAUAUUAUUGCAUCUCUCCCAGCUCUUUUAGUAAGUAGGUAAGCUUAGAGGCUGUAGUUACGAAUCUAAUUUACAAGUAGUAGUCACAUGUAAAUAUAAUGCCGAAGUAAGAAUAAAUGUUCCGAGUUUAGAAAAAGACACCUGUAAGGCAGUUCUUAAACCGAUAUUUUACUUUACAUAUUUAAUAUUUGUUUAGAAGCGAGAUCAAGUAUCCGAUACAGCAGUAUUAAUUAUAUUUUAUUUAUCAUCUGAAAGAAUCUUUGCCUUAUAUUAUUAUUAAGGAUAAUAUUAAGAUUGGAAAAACUGAUUUGAUAAGAAACAUAAAUCUAGAUUUAUUGGUCUAUAAUGUCAAACAAGUAAACAAUUCUGUCUACAUUAGAAAAAAAAUCAAAUAAAUAUUGUCUUGUUGCUUAGUACA